AUGGGAGAAGGUGUGUAUAUAGAGGAAGCUCUUCAAGAUGUAUUAAAAGAGACAGAUCUAGUAAAUUUCGAGCGAAAACUCUGCGUGGAAUUACAGUUAUCACGUCUGGAGCAUUUUGAUCAUGUUACCGAUGACGAAUUAAAAUCAUAUACGGGUCUUUCGCAACCUGCCAUCCGUAGAUUGCGAGUUGCAAUUGCGGAGAAAAAAAAGAAAAGCAAGAAAUCGAAAGGGAUUUUUUCAUCUAUUGGAAAAAAGGAAAGCCGUGAAGUUACGAAAGUUCUUGUUCCGACUACAGGUACAACAGAGCUGUCGUGGAUUUCUCCUGAAAAUGGCGGUACUUCGCUGAUUGUCAAAGAGGAGAUAAAAUUAAUGGAACGACUAGGCGAAGGUUCAUUUGCGGUUGUCAAACGUGCUGUGUGGACGCCGAAAAUGGCGCGAAAAUUAGACGUUGCUGCCAAAAUUCUGCGUGAUUCUACUCCGGAAAUAAUUGAAGAUUUGCAGCGAGAAGUUACGAAUAUGCAAAAAUUAAAACAUCCAAAUUUAAUUCAGCUGUAUGGGAUUGUUUUUUCAAACCCAGCUAUGAUGGUGGUUGAAUUUUGUGAUGGUGGUGCAUUGAUUGAUCGUUUACGGUCAACUCAAAAGUCUGUAGUCCUGGUUUCAAUGUUGAUUGAUUACGCGCAACAAAUUGCUAAGGGCAUGGCUUAUUUGGAAUCAAAGAAGUGCGUACAUCGCGAUCUCGCAGCGCGAAAUGUUUUGUUAACAAACAAUGAGCGUGUUGCUAAAAUCUGUGAUUUUGGUUUGAUGCGAGUACUGGAGAACAAUGAAAGACUUUAUAUAAUGUCAACACAGAAGAAAGUGCCGUUUGCUUGGUGUCCACCAGAAUCUCUGAGAUAUCGGCAGUUUUCACAUGCUUCCGAUGUGUGGUCUUUUGGUGUGACAUUAUGGGAGUUAUUUUCAUAUGGCGAAGAACCAUGGAUAGGUCUUCGUGGAGUUGAGGUACUCACAAAACUAGAGGCUGGUGAACGAUUACCGAAACCACAAAGAUGUUCCGAUGAAUUAUAUGAUUUAAUCUCUACAUGCUGGUCCUUGGAAGCAAAUUUAAGACCAAAAUUUAACGUUUUAAAAGACAUCCUUUCUGAGAUUAUGUUUAUGGUAGCUGAAUGUAGCGAGGCUUCUAUGCCGUCACGGGAAAUUGAUUUAGAACUGGUUGUGAACGAUCUUGUUGUUAUCAUUCGUGGAAGUGGUUUGAUUUGGUAUGGACAGAACGUAAGGACGCGAAAAUUUGGUUCAUUUUAUCGUUCAUCAGUACAUUUGCGAAAUGAACGUAGUGGAAUAAAAAAUUCGGAACAGAUGAUUAAUCCAUUGCAGCAACAAAAUGGAUUAGAUACUUAUAUUUCUAAACCAGUACCAGGAUCAUUUAUACAUGCUGGGCACGGUGACAUAAAUGUUGAGCAAUCUUGGGGUCAGCCAGAUUACAUCGAUGAUAUAUAUUUGAAAAAUCCUAUUCUGAGGAAAGAAGAAUCUGCUUAUGGAAGUGGCCAGAAACAUUUUGGACCAGAAAUAAUUCCUUCUCUUGUUGAUUUAAAGCCACCUUCAUGGAUCCACAAGGAGCCCAAAAAGAAUGGCACUGAAUCAUAUAUCGAUCCUUUUGCACCAUUCAGUAUUUAUUCUUUUGAUGGUUUGAACGAUAGUGAAUCAUGCCAGCCUGGCAAUGGUAUGACGAAACUUUUAUCAUCUUCUUUGGCAUCAAAUUUUUAUGAUGAACCACCAUCGGUAUCAUAUUCGCAGAAUAUAACGUAUCCGCUAUCUGUGGAGCAAUUUUCGUCUUUGUCGCAACCAGGUCGAUCAACAUCUGACAUCGUAUCGUGCAGUCAGAUGCUACGACCAUCAUUUUCUGGCGCUGAUAUUACAAUGCAGAAGUCACUGCAAUCUCUCACAGCUACGCAAUCAGGUUCUGCUUCUCAGUUACCUUCUACAUCGCAGGAACAUUUCCAGUCUUCAUGUAAUUCGCAAAGUAAAUCAGCAGAUAUGCAGCGAACAUUGAAUUAUCCGACAUUUACUGAAGAAGGACAAUGUCAGAAUGCAGUUGAUAAAAGGCAGAUGCAAAAUGGAAAAAUACCACCGCCAAGACCGAAACCACCAAAUUUCAAACAGAUAACGCAAAAUAAUAUUCAAUGGAACACUAUGGUAGCAAACAAUACUUCCACUUUAGAUGAUACCAAGCCAAAUGCGAAUCAUUCAACUUCCAUGCAUUCCGGAAUAGAUGUAUCUAAUACAUCUUAUAGUCAAGACAGUUUUGAUCCUUUCGAGAUUUCAAAGACUGUGAAAGAUAUUGCCAGUAAAGGAGGUUACAGUCAAUUGUUCAAAGAUCUUUCUACAUCUGCUAAGGCUGCUUCCGCUAGUUCGCUAAAUACAAAUUAUCAGAUAGGAGUGAAACGAAGUUGUAGUCCUAAUAAGUUACCGAGACCAUCAACAAUGUUUCUUAACAAUGAACAGUCAUCGAACGACAACUAUUUUUCAUCUUCAUUAUCAGGAUUAACGAAAUCCCCGUUCGAUAUAGGAACAUGCUACUAUUGGCAGCCCUCUAUUGCUGAACCAUCCGUAUUGCAGCAGUCUGCUUUGUCAUCAACUUAUGGAAGUACUCCUUCUUUACUUUACGACUCUCGUAAUGUCCGAUUAAAUUCAAAUAAGCCGACGGCAAAUGAAGUAUUUUGCUCUUCACGACCUGCAAACAACAGCUCUCUUGUGAAUUCUUCGCAGCAAAGGAAUUCUUAU